AUAUUAAAAAAAAUUGCAAAUCAUCCGAUGUUCUCAGCUGCUAUAACCUAAACGUUAGGAAAAACGAAACGCGUGUAAAUGUCAAAAUAAGAAAAUUCGCGGGUGUUUUCUGUGAUUCCCUCUCGUUUAUCUUCAUUUUGUUAUUAAAAAAUACAUUUAAAUAUAUGUAAACCAACUGCUUAAUACUUAACUUAGUGAAUAUAUCGCUGCGAAUGUGUUAACAAGCGCGGGUGUUAGUAAUUCUGCGCAGGUAUUAUUUAUAACAGUAUUGAUUUUUACUGAGUAGUUGAGCGUGCUGGUCGGUGUAGAUGGCUAGGCAGGUGGCAGACGUGCAGAUACAUGCCGCUGACGAUGACUGGGAGGACGGCUUCGACAUCAGUGUGGACCUUAUUGACGAUGGAUUGUACUUAGGCAAUUUAGCUUGUGCUCGAGACUACAAGACUCUUGAGAGUUUAAAGAUCACUCACAUUCUGACAAUAGACGUGGUGCCACUGCCACGGACUAUACUAGAAAGGACCAACCUCACUUUUAAAUAUGUUAAACUGGCAGAUGUUCCUAAAGAGGACAUGAUCAGCCAUCUUCCGGAGACCAAUGAAUUCAUCAAACAAGCUGUUGCUGAUGGUGGCAUAGUUCUUGUGCAUUGUCAUUUUGGAGUGUCCCGCUCAGCAGCAGUGGUGAUCGGCUACAUCAUGGAAAAGUAUGGUCUUUGUUAUGAAGAGGCAUUUACCCUAGUCAAGAGCAAACGGCGGUUUGUAGGCCCAAACAUGGGCUUCAUUGCCCAACUCAAGCUCUUUGGACACAUGGGAUACACACUGAAUAAGGAUGAUCCACGGUUUAAACAGUUCCGGUUAAAACUGGCCGGGCAGAAACUAAAAGAAGUGAAAAUCCUUCCGCAAUUGUUUGCGGACCUAGUUAAACCAGACCCAGGUCUUGUGCGGGAGCGACCCGACCCUAUCGUGUAUCGCUGCAAGAAGUGUCGCCGCAUCGUGGCGAGCCAGAGCAACAUCAUACCACACAUACCUAAAGAUGUUAAGGUCGAGCUUGCAAAGAAAGGUAUCCGGCCUCCGCCCAGCAAAUUAACAGGCCUGAACUGUGCGGAGAACGGUGAGAUCCUGCUGGAGAAACUGAAGAGUCUCGCCUCACAGCUGAUGGAGAUGCGAAGCUGUGAGGACCAGUUCGAAGAGAGCAGUCCCGGCCACAGCCAGGACCACCACACUGACAGUGAAGAGGGACCUAGCCAAGUCCUGGACGGCUACAGCGAGACCAACAUGGUGGACGCGAGUAUCUGCGGGCGCGCGGACGGGCGCGACGCCUGCCGCCUCAUGUGGUUCGUGGAGCCCAUGCGCUGGAUGAGGGACGUCAGCAGCCUCACCAGCGGGAAGCUCAACUGUCCCAAGUGCCUCAACAAGAUCGGGUCCUUCAACUGGAUCAUGGGUUGUAAAUGUCCGUGCGGGCAGAAGGUAGCGCCGGCGUUCUACCUCGUGCCCUCCAAGGUGGAGUGGUCCAAUAUCGUGCAGAACGUGCAGGUCACCGUGUGAAGCGGGACCCGACACGCUGCGGCUGCGGCCUAGCGAGGGGCGGUGGGCCACGCGGAGAGAAGGCUACACUUAUAACGUUAUAGAAGCCAGAGAACAAGGAAUCAUAUUAUGUAUUUCUUAAAUUAUUUACAAUAAUUUCUUGAGUUUUCUCUUAGAUAUACAUAUUUAUUUUUAAUGGUUUAUUAUUUUUUAUGAAUAGCCUAAAAUGUCGUAUUGUUGAGCAGUCUUCCGUCUCUUCUUCCAAUUCUCUUUCUCAUGUGUCAAGUAAGAUGAAUGGUUUGCCAAGAUAAUAAUAUUCAGUCAAUUUCAUUCAGGAUUUUCUGCUACUGUAUGUAAAUGUAAAAUCUUAAGUUAUAGGUUGGGCGUAAAGAGAUCAAACCAACAUUACAUCACGCAGGGAUGAAGAAUGUUCAGGAUUGCCAGGAAACAAAUAUUAAUAAUACCAACAUAAGUUAGUGUGCUAGCAUUCAGUUACAACCAUACCAUAUUACUGUAAUACUUAUACCAAAUACAAAUAUAAUAAAGGGACUAAUUAUUAUAAAUCUUUUAAUCAUAGUAGAUCGUUACAUCUUUAUACACUUCCAUAUAUUAAUGCUUAAGGGGUGAAUUAUAAUACACUAUUGGUGGCGUAUAUGUGACAUACAAUUUGUAUGAAGCAGUUUAUAUUACAGGAGUGACGUCAUCACUGCGUCAUUUCUUUAUAAUAGAAUCGUGCGGUAUGGACGCUCACGUACAACCCUGAACACUUCUCGGUUUUGAUAUAAUUCAACCCUAAGGUUUCAAAUAGGACGCAGAACAGUCAUACUUCUUUUAUGGCCUUCUGUAGAUAGUAACUGUAAUGUAUAAUGAAUGUAUUUAGUAAAACCUUUUCGUGAUGCUUUGGUUUAGAGAGAAAAGCUUAGCUUUCCGGACUUUUUAAGUUUUUUUUUAGGUUUAUUUAAAGAUUGUCGGAUAUUUGUGCGAAAAAAACACUGUACAGGGUUUAUAUAAAAAAUUGAGAAAUAUUAAUCUUGGUUGAUUGUAAUCAGAUUUUAUUUUUUCUGCUUUCUUGAGGAACAAUUUAUGCGCUGUUAUUUUUUGGUAUCCUUAGACAAUAAUAGAAAAAUCGUAUUAAAUCCAGUAUAGCUACUCAGAUUUAGCGAAUCUAAUUUUCUUCAAAGCUGGUUUUUGUCGUAAAUAUUUCACUAAUUGUACUUCCAGUAGAGACAUGUAUUCAAUCGAUGUACUCUAAGAACGUUGACUGUUGGCUUGAAUAGAUAUUAAUAAAAGUAUGUUUCACUAAA